GCUCUCCAUCACCCUGGCCAAGAACCGCAUCAACCGCGCGCCCGAGCGGGUGGGUAAAGCCAAAGUGGAGGUGGACAUUUUUGAGCUGCUGCGAGACAGCGAGUAUGAGACGGCAGAAACCACUUUAUAUAUGAAUGAAGAGAAACAUUGACUGUUCCUGUAUGCAACGUCUGUAAAGUCCUGUGUUUUGAAAUGAGUUUGCAGUGAGAGGUUACGGAUAGAGCUUGUUUUGCCGUUGUAAGUAAAGCCUGUUCUCUCUUUGUGUUUGAUGUUUCAGCUCCUUUUAUGGAGAUCCAAAAUGACUUGUUUAAUCCUGUCUUUAUCUAAAACACCUUAUUCCUUUUGAUGUCCAGGGAGGGACAGAUUUUCCGCUUGUCACCCUGUCCCCUAUCGUCUCAUCAGUCUUUAAGCAUCUUUCUGUGGUUAAUCCAAACAUCUCUGGGCAGGUCAGCAGAGUGAGCGAGCAACUGGAGGAUUUUUAAUGUUUAUUUAUUCACACCAAUAUUUCAAAGUGACAUUGGCUCAAAUGUGCUAUUAGCUGUCCCACCAUUUUUAUGCUCCUGUUGGAUUUCACAUUUAAGCCCUCUCUGGCUGUGGGUUCCUGUUACGAAGGGCAAGGGAUGCUGCAGGGAGCAGCCUUGGAGCCGUGGUGCAGGAUGCACUCUGUAAAACGCCGUCUGUUUAUGCGCUUGGUGUUUCCUGUACGAGAAUCCCGUCCUGACCAGUUGAGCCUUUUCUCCCUGUGGAGACUAACAGCAUCAGGUAGUGUUCUGAAAUAGGAAAUGUGUUUGAAUUACAAGAGAAGCAGCUUUCCGAACGUGGUCAAAACCUUUGCCUCGGGCACCUCCACCUUGUUUCCAUUCAUUUUCCUUAAUUUUAGUGGAUGUUUCACCCUUGGAGUGAUAUGCCAGGUCUUCUUCUUCUGACAGUUGUUGCAACUCUGUUGCUAUGACUACUUAACCCACUUUUUGUUCUCGGUACCAGAGAUGAGAAGAAAAGUGCUCGCCAAACUUUCCCCUGCAUGCACAACAAAAUUCCCCCCGGUACUUUUGCCCUCAUGACCUGUUGACAAAGAAGACUUGGAAUAGCUUCUUCCUCCUCGAUGCUGAGUUGCAGAGCACCUGAAGGGUCUGCUGCAGCUGAGAGGGACCGAUGAGUGCCGCUGAGAUGGCACACGGGGGUUUUCAAAUUGCUGGUGCUCUUAUUUAAAAGGAUCUUCUGAAGAGGUGUAAGCGCCCGUAAAUUUUUAAGCACGGAGGAGAAGCAAGUUCUGGAUUCCUUUGAAGAUGCCGUAGAAAAAAAUAUCACUCGUUCUGCAGCGGAUUGAGAUGGUGGAGGGUGAGAGAGCAUGGAAGGAAGAAAAACCCAAGAGAAGAUGUUUGCAUAUCAUUGGCACUUUCUGUAAGGAGUCAGAGCAAUCAGUAUGUACGGGGACCUAACAGUAAGUGGAGUUUUUCCUUCGAGUGUCACUUGAAUAGAACUAAAAUCAGUUCCCCAAAGUGACAAACUAAGUCCUCAGCUUUUGGCCUCAUAUUCCAGUCACGAGGCUACGGAGAGUUACGAAGUCUAAGGCCAGAGAUGACCACCUCGAUUAGGUGAUCUUAGCUUCUGCAGAAAACAGACUGUAGACAUUCACUUGCUGAACGCCACGCUCGGCCCCAUAACUCGCUGUUCGAAACUCCCCCUCGAGCACAGUAUAAGCUCUUAUUUCACAUCCAGUCUUGAUUUAAAGACUUGAAGUUGGUAGAAAACCUGUCUCUGAUAUGUAGUACGACGGUUUUGGUGAUGAAUUCCCUUCACUACAAAAAUUAUGUUCUGGUUUGAAAUUUCCUAGCUCUUUUUUUUUCCAGCUGCUGAAUCUAGGUAACUUUUUACAACCAUUACAAAAGCUUGUGUGAGAUGCGAGCCAGGGACCUGCAGAGAGGAUGGUGCUCUGAAACACACCGGCCAUUUGAUACUGAAGAGGCACUAUCGUUACGAUCACAGCUUCGUGAUCAGGUGGUCCAGUUUUUACAUGUGAAAACGUGAGCUUGCUCUCGCCAGAACUGAUAAGUAGCUGCGGUGCCUCCUUUCUCCCCCGUGGUAUCCUCUUUCUUCAGAAAGCAGUCGCUUGAUGCCAGCUGAGCAAAUGCGGCUCUGUCUGUGCGGGGAGGAAGGAGCCGAGUGCGUGGUGAUGCCGAGGCAGGUCUGGUAUUUCAGAAAAAGCCGUGGCCAGCACGUGUUCAGGCGAGCCUUUCGGAGUCCGGGGAUCGAGGCGCGAGGGGCUCUCGCCUUCUGUUCGCGAGGCUCCGGAGGAGCGUUUCUGAGUGGUGUGGCUGAUUGGGAUGGCAGCGGGGAGGUGACAGCAGCUGGGGUAGUCCUUGGAGUGUCAUUUGGCUAAAUUUGUGCUGUGAAUUAAAAGGACAAAAGGUUGCAGUUUAACCCGGGAAACUUGAGGGAAGAGAUUUAACUUCUUCAUUUUUUCAGGGCCUUUUUAUUGUUCUGCUAACCUUGGUGGCAUGGAGCCAGAAGAUUAACUACUGCCAGAAAAAAAACCCCACCAAAAACCAAAUGAAAACCAGUAAUACAAUCCUUAUUAUUACCACUGAGCUCUGCAGAGGGUGAGGGAAGAAAUUCUUACAAGUUUGUCUGCUGCUAGAUGAUGCUUUGCAGCUAGGUCACUGCUGUGUUUAGCAUCUUCCAUAAACUUUGGUUAGUGUUUUAUCUUGGAGCAAAGCAGAUGGGGCCAAAAAGGGAUGUUGUGAGAGAGAGAGAGAGAGAGAGACCCCAGAUCUGAGUCAGAGGUGAGGAUACCAGGGUUUUGGGGAGAGUUCAGGUGGAAUUGAGAAAGGCUGGGGAAAGGAGGCUGUCACAGGCAGGGUGACAGUGCUUCAGAGGGAAUAGAGGGAUUUGGGUGCAGAUAAAAGGCAGGGAGCGUGUUAUGUGAAGGAGAUGAUACUGUGUCCUUAGUAAGGUGCAGCAGGCACUGUAAGUAUGACUGUCAGCUGGAAAUUGAGGAUGAAGUCUAACGCAUGUUUCCUCUCUCUCUGGUGCCCGCAGUGUGCCAGAUUCUCCCAAAAGGGGUGGUAGGCGUCCUGGGACCUUCCUCAAGCCCAGCCUCGAGCUCUAUUAUCAGCAAUAUCUGUGGGGAGAAAGAGGUUCCUCACUUCAAAGUGGCGCCAGAGGAAUUCCUGAAGCUGCAGCUCCAGCGGUUCACCACCCUCAACCUCCACCCCAGCAACACCGAUAUCAGCGUGGCCGUGGCAGGAAUCCUGAAUUUCUUUAACUGCACCACUGCCUGCCUCAUCUGUGCCAAAGCUGAAUGCCUUUUAAACCUAGAGAAGUUGCUUCGGCAGUUCCUCAUUUCCAAGGACACUCUCUCAGUUCGGAUGCUAGAUGACAGCCGGGAUCCUACCCCUCUCCUAAAAGAGAUCCGAGAUGACAAAACAGCUACCAUCAUUGUACAUGCCAACGCUUCCAUGUCUCAUACCAUUUUGCAGAAGGCAGCUGAACUGGGAAUGGCGUCUGCCUAUUACACGUAUAUCUUCACUAAUCUGGAGUUUUCCCUCCAGCGCCUGGACAGCCUGCUGGAUGACCGAGUCAACAUCCUGGGAUUUUCCAUUUUCAACCAGUCUCAUGCUUUCUUCCAAGAGUUUGUCCAGAGCCUCAACCAGUCCUGGCAGGAGAACUGUGAUCACGCUCCUUUUACUGGGCCAGCACUCUCUUCCGCCCUGCUGUUCGAUGCUGUGUAUGCUGUGGUGACGGCUGUGCAGGAGCUGAACCGGAGCCAGGAGAUUGGUGUGAAGCCCCUGUCCUGCGGGUCUGCCCAGAUCUGGCAGCACGGCACCAGCCUGAUGAACUACCUGAGAAUGGUAGAAUUGGAAGGUCUCACCGGCCACAUCGAAUUCAACAGCAAAGGUCAGCGAUCCAACUACGCCUUGAAAAUCCUGCAGCACACGCGCAGCGGCUUCCGGCAGAUCGGCCACUGGCACGUUUCUGAAGGACUCAGCAUGGACAACAGGAUCUUCUCCUCUAACAUAUCAGACAGUCUGUUCAACACCACGCUCAUUGUCACCACCAUCCUGGAAAACCCUUACUUAAUGCUGAAGUGGAACCAUCAGGAGCUGGAAGGGAACGACCGCUACGAGGGCUUCUGCGUGGACAUGCUGAAGGAGCUGGCAGAGAUCCUGCGUUUCAACUAUAAGAUCCACCUCGUUGGCGAUGGUGUGUAUGGAGUCCCUGAGGCAAACGGCACGUGGACAGGGAUGGUCGGGGAGCUGAUUGCUCGGAAAGCUGAUUUGGCCGUGGCCGGGCUGACGAUUACGGCGGAGCGGGAGAAGGUGAUUGAUUUCUCUAAGCCGUUCAUGACUUUGGGAAUUAGCAUUCUCUACCGAGUUCAUAUGGGCCGCAAACCCGGCUACUUCUCGUUCCUGGAUCCCUUUUCCCCUGGCGUCUGGCUCUUCAUGCUGCUCGCCUACCUGGCUGUCAGCUGCGUCCUCUUCUUGGUUGCUCGAUUGACGCCAUACGAGUGGUACAGCCCCCACCCCUGCUCGCAAGGCAGAUGCAAUCUUCUCGUGAAUCAGUACUCUCUCGGCAACAGCUUGUGGUUUCCAGUCGGGGGAUUCAUGCAGCAAGGCUCCACCAUCGCCCCCCAAGCUUUAUCCACGCGCUGUGUCAGUGGAGUCUGGUGGGCGUUCACCUUGAUCAUCAUCUCCUCCUACACGGCCAAUCUGGCAGCCUUCCUCACCGUGCAGCGGAUGGACGUCCCCAUCGAAUCCGUAGAUGACCUGGCUGACCAGACAGCCAUCGAGUACGGCACCAUUCACGGCGGCUCCAGCAUGACCUUCUUUCAAAACUCCCGCUACCAGACGUACCAGCGGAUGUGGAACUACAUGUACUCCAAGCAGCCGAGCGUCUUUGUGAAGAGCACGGAGGAAGGGAUUGCACGCGUGCUGAACUCCAAUUAUGCCUUCCUGCUGGAGUCCACCAUGAACGAGUAUUAUCGUCAGCGCAAUUGCAACCUCACGCAGGUCGGGGGCCUUCUGGACACCAAGGGCUACGGGAUUGGCAUGCCCGUCGGCUCUGUGUUUCGUGACGAGUUUGACCUGGCCAUUCUCCAGUUGCAAGAGAACAACCGCCUGGAAAUCCUGAAGCGGAAGUGGUGGGAAGGAGGCAAAUGCCCCAAAGAGGAGGACCACAGAGCCAAAGGCCUGGGAAUGGAGAAUAUCGGUGGAAUCUUCGUGGUUCUCAUCUGUGGCUUAAUCGUAGCAAUUUUUAUGGCAAUGCUGGAAUUUUUGUGGAGCCUUCGGCACUCUGAACAGUCGGAGGUGUCGGUGUGCCAAGAAAUGGUGACGGAGCUGCGCAACAUCAUUCUCUGCAAGGACAGUUUCCACCCUCGUCGGAGGCGAGGGGGAAUGAUACGGACUCGCCCCGUUAUCCCAGAGGAACGCCGAGCCCGCAGCACAACCACGCUCAGCAACGGGAAGCUGUGCAGUGGGGGCGAGCCAGAUCCCCUGGCACAAAGACUGGCACAAGAAGCCGCCCUGGUCGCCCGAGGGUGCACGCACAUCCGGGUGUGCCCCGAGUGCCGCAGGUUUCAGGGUCUCCGGGCACGGCCGUCUGCGGGCUCGCCCGCACAGAGCGAAGAGAGCUUGGAGUGGGAGAAGACCACCAACAGCAGCGAGCCCGAGUAACGCCGGGGAGGGGGGCGUUGGGGUGGGCCGAGAGGGUCCUGUUCCAUUUUACAGAACAUGGACUUGUACA